AUGCUUGUUUAUGUGGCAACAUCAUUGGACCUAAGUUGGUUUCUUGGGUUGUUUGGUUCCACUGAAAAGAAAGCACACAUUUGUGAUCAUAGCAAUAAAGUGGAUGAGUCUAAUUCGUCACGAGGUUACAUAUUAUUGAUAAUUGUGAUUGCUCUUGUGUUGUUGAUGUUCUAUUGGACUGGAGAAAACAAAGAAAACAAUUCCAAUAUCAAUGAGGUCGAUGAUGAGGAAGAAGAACCUGAGUAUCCCGUGGAUGAACAACAACUCAUUCCCCAGGAAUCCGAGCACCAAGGUGCGUCUUCAAGAGACGUUAUUCCAUGUGCCUUCUGUGGCAAUUCAAGUACCACAAGAUGUGCUCGCUGCAAGGUUGCUAGGUACUGCUCAGGAGGAUGCCAAAUAGAACAUUGGAGGUCAGGACAUAGAUAUGAAUGCAUCCAAUUAGAGAGUGAAGAAGGUGAAGCAAGAAAUGCUCAUGAAGAACAAACUCAUAUGCUUGUGGACAAGUAUGAUAACGAGAAUAACCCAAAUGGGUCUGUGAGUUCCAAUAGUAGCAGUAGUAAUGUGAAGAACUCUGAAUCUGAUGUUGGGUGUGAACAAUGUGGCAGACCAAGUACCACCAAAUGUUCACGAUGCAAAUCUGUCAGAUACUGCUCUACAAAGUGUUUGAUUACCAAUUGGAGAUGGCAUAAAUAUAACUGCAUUGCAGGAGAUGUCAAUUCAGCUCAACCAGAAACACCUAAUAGAAACGUUGAAUUGCUCAAGAACUCAAAUGAGGAGGAAGAGAAAAUUCAUUCACCUAGGCCACUUUAUUUGGAGCUUCAUCCUGUCACUACUACCAAGGAAGCACAAGUGCAUACAACUCAAUGGGAGAAACACCUUGAAGAUGAAUUAGUAAAGUCUAGGAAAGAGAAUUUCGAACUACGGUCAGAGCGUGACCAGUGGAAGAAGCGAGCGAGUUUUGCUAGAGAUAGAUUUCAAAGUUUCAAGGAAGAAUCUGAAAAACAAUUGUCUGUGUUGAGAAAUGAAAAUGAGUCAAUAUCAAAUGCUGAGAAGAAAGGUGCCAAUGUGAUUCAAAGUUUACAUGAGAGGCUAAACCACUUGCAGAUUGCAGCACAAGAUAGCAUUGCAAAGAAGAGAAAGUUAGAAAAACAUAUACAAAUGGUAGAGAGCGAACGUACUAAGCUGAAGAAAGAACUAGAAGAACAGCAUAAAGAUAUUAAGUAUCUUACACUAGAAUCUAAAAUGAGUCACGAGACAGCACAAACUGCCAUAAGAGAAGUUGAAGCAUUAAAACAAGAGCUUAUAGAAGAGCGCAAAAAUGUUCAACGAAUUAAAGCGAAUUUUAUUAGAGAUACAACAUUCUCCAAUUCAAAAGCUAUCGUUGCUGAGGCAAAACUCAGUGAUCUUCAGAGAAAAACAAAAUUGAAAGAUUAUAAGGCAUGCACUAUAUGUCUGACUAAUGAGAAGGACAUGGCUUUUGGGUGUGGACACAUGACUUGCAGAGACUGUGGAUCAAAACUAUCAAAGUGUCCAAUAUGUCGUGAGCAGAUCACGAGUCAUAUUAAAUUGUUUUCUGGCUGA